CAGUCCUUCCGUGGGAUAGUGCGCCAACAACCACUGUUCCAGUGUUCACCGACCCUCCAACCCAUCUCUCUUUCCUAGCACCUGCAUAGCGUUCACUUAUCACUAUCUUUCUCCGUUCAGUCUGGCCACCAUGGAGGAAAUUGCUCCAGAGUACGAUGUCAUCGUCCUAGGCACAGGCUUGACGGAAUGCGUGCUCUCUGGUGUGCUUUCAGUCAAAGGCAAGAAAGUCCUCCACAUUGACCGAAACGAUCACUACGGCGGCGAAGCUGCCUCAGUAAAUAUCGAGACUCUAUUCAAGAAAUAUGGCAACUUCUCAGAUGGACAAGAGCCAUGGAAGAAAUACGGCCGAGUCAAUGAUUGGAACGUCGACCUCGUCCCCAAACUCCUCAUGGCCAACGGUGAACUCACCAACAUCCUCGUUUCUACCGAUGUGACCCGAUACCUCGAGUUCAAGCAGAUCGCAGGCAGCUUUGUACAACAGGGAACAGGGCCCAGAGCCACCGUGGCCAAGGUCCCCUCUACUGCUGGCGAAGCACUCAGCUCACCAUUGAUGGGUCUAUUCGAGAAGAGACGGGCCAAAAAGUUUUUGGAAUGGGUUGGCGCUUUUGACGAGAGCAACCCUUCGACACAUAAUGGACUCAACCUAAAUAAAUGCACAAUGAAAGAGGUCUACGACAAGUUCGGCCUAGAAGCAACAACUCGAGACUUUAUCGGCCACUCAAUGGCCCUCUACCCAACUGACGAUUACAUCAACGAACCAGGAAUGGCCAAGGAAACGGUCGAGAGAAUUCGACUCUACGCCAAUUCGAUGGCUCGCUACGGCAAAUCCCCCUACAUAUACCCUCUCUACGGUCUAGGCGAACUUCCUCAGGGCUUCGCUCGUCUCUCUGCUAUCUACGGAGGAACCUACAUGUUGAACACAUCUGUGGACGAACUGCAGUACGAAGGCGGCAAAAUCAGUGCCAUCAAAGCGACGAUGCGCGAACGAGGCGAAGAAGGAGAUGGUAUGAAGUUCAGCACCAAGACGAAGAUGAUUCUCGGUGAUCCAUCCUACUUCCCUGGCAAAGUGCAGGUAGUUGGCCAUUUGCUGAAAGCAAUCUGCAUCCUCAACCACCCACUUGACAAGACGGGCGAUAGUGAUUCACUGCAACUCAUCAUCCCACAGUCACAGGUUGGCCGCAAACACGACAUCUAUAUCGCCAUGGUUUCUUCCGCCCACAACGUCUGCCCUAAAGGGUACUACAUCGCCAUUGUGUCCACGAUCGCCGAAACCUCUGCGAAUCACCAUCUCGAACUGCAGCCAGGUCUAGAGCGGCUGGGUCGGAUCGAAGAGAAGUUCAUGGGCCCACCAAUUCCGCUGUACCAGCCUUUGGAGAGUGGUGUGAAUGAUCAGAUCUUCAUUUCCAACAGCUUCGAUGCGUCAAGUCACUUCGAAACAGUCACGGAAAACGUACGGGAUAUCUACCGCAGAGCAAUGGGCGAGGAGCUGAAGGUGGAAGGGCUGAGGGAAGGUCAGACAUUGGCUGAGGAGUAAUCAUGUUUUGGGAAGGAAAGGCUUGUGCCAGCGCUUGGAUCGAGUAUGUCAGUCAGUGCACAGCAAACAAACUUAUGCAUGGCGUAAGGAGUUGUACAGCUGAGAAUCAUAGCUAGACGACAGCCCGUUUUUGCAAUCUAGUCAUCUUGCUAUCUUGGUGGGAGGGACUACGUUGUCUUCCCCUUUAUCGUCUGCCCGCCGCCCAAGAUCUGCUUUCUGACUCUAGUAUACGCAUCGACUCCGAUCAGCGCCGCUAUUCACAGUUUGUCAGCAUAAAUACAUCAAAU